AUGUACUCUCCCAAGGUAGGCGAUGGCCUCGAGAGUCUCGACACUCCGUCCAUGAUCGUCGAUCUCGACGUGAUGGAAGCCAACAUCAAAAAACUCAUGGACCGUCUGCUGCCCACCGGCCGCAACAUCCGCCCGCACCUCAAGACGACCAAGAGCGCCAUCAUCGCCAAGAGGCUCGUCGCCACUGGUGCAAAGGGCGGGUGUGUUGCAAAGCUGAGCGAGGCCGAGGCUAUCACCGCUGCUGGCUUCACCGAUCUGCUCAUCACCUGUGAGGUUGUCGGCCCGGCCAAAGUGAAGAGGCUGGUCGAGCUGUUCCGCAAACACAGGGGUCUGAGGAUAGUCAUCGACAGCCAAGUCGCAGCCACGGCGAUCAAUGAUGCCCUGGACAAAUCGGGUAUUGAGGACCCCAUUGCUGUGCUGAUCGAUUUGGAUGUCGGGCUGCACCGGACGGGCGCGCAGCCCAGCGAGGCUCUGCCUCUGGCACGACACAUCGGCGGCCUGAAGCACCUUCGGCUCAUUGGUGUCCAGGGUUACGAGGGCCACUUGCAACAUCUCCACGACUUUGAAGACCGCAAGAAGCAGUGCCUCGAAUCGAUGAAGAUUCUCACCGAGACGGCUCAAGCGCUGAAGAACGAGGGAUUCAACAUAGAGGUCGUGACUACAGGCGGCACCGGCACCGCGGAUUUCUGUGCCACGGUUCCUGGCGUGACGGAGUUGCAACCGGGGUCUUUCAUCUUUAUGGACACGGACUACCGGAACGCCAUCGGCACGUAUUACUCUCAUAGCCUGUCGCUUCUGGCGACGGUCAUCAGCAAGCAGGGCGAGCGGCAGGUGACGAUCGAUACUGGUCUCAAGUCCUUGACCACGGACAGCGGCUUGGCGGAAUGCAAGGACACCAGGUACACCUACGGCCAGCUAGGUGAUGAGCAUGGCUCGCUCAAGUGGGAGGAAGGUACGCCGGCUCUCAGCAUCGGGGAUAGAGUCGAGAUGAUCCCCAGUCAUAUCGACCCGACUGUCAACCUCCAUGACUUCUACUACGCGUAUCGCAACGGAGUCAUUGAAGAGAUUUGGCCGGUUGAUUCAAGAGGCAAAGUUCAAUAA